UGUGCCCGCAGGAGGAUGUUCCCGUCGGUGCGGGUGAAGGUGAAGGGGCUGGAUCCGCUGCAGCAAUAUUACAUCGCCAUCGACGUCGUCCCGGUGGACUCCAAAAGAUACAGGUACGUCUAUCACAGCUCGCAGUGGAUGGUGGCGGGGAACACGGACCACUCGUGCAUCACCCCGCGGCUCUACAUCCACCCCGACUCCCCCUGCUCGGGGGAGACCUGGAUGAGACAAAUCAUCAGCUUCGACCGGGUGAAGCUCACCAACAACGAGAUGGACGACAAGGGGCACAUCAUCCUGCAGUCCAUGCACAAGUACAAGCCCCGCGUCCACAUUAUCGCCCAGGAUUCUCGCUUCGAUCUAGCGCAGAUCCAGUCGCUGCCGGCCGAGGGGGUGCAGACCUUCUCCUUCCAGGAGACCGAGUUCACGACCGUGACGGCCUACCAGAACCAGCAGAUCACGAAGCUGAAGAUCGACAGGAAUCCCUUCGCCAAAGGUUUUCGGGACCCCGGCAGGAACAGGGGGGUCCUGGAUGGGCUCCUGGAUUCCUACCCGUGGCGGCCGCCCCUCGCCCUGGAUUUCAAGGCUUUCGGCGCAGACAGCCACGGUGGGAGCUCCAGCUCUUCCCCGGUGACCUCCAGCGGUGGGACCCCCUCUCCUCUGAACCCCCUGCUCUCUCCCUCGUGCUCCCCUCCCACCUUCCACCUGCCAGGGAGCAACAUCGGCGUGUCGUGCCCCGAGACCUUCCUGCCCAACCUCAGCGUGCCCCUCUACUACAAGAUCUGCCCUACGGGCUUCUUAAGACAGCAGUCUCUCAUCUUUCCGAGCCACAAAAAGCUGGGAGGCACCAACCCACACCUCUUACCCCACUUCACAGUGGAUGUGCCCAGACUGUCCUCCCUCGGCAUAACCAACCUGAAAAGCGCCAAAGCCGAAGACUUAAACGCCCAGUGCCUGCAAGUGCCCGGCUCUGCUGGUCAAAUGCUGUAUGGAUUACAUGCAUCUGGAAACAUUUUCCCAUCAAGUCCCAUUGCUCGGGAAGCACUUAAUUGUUCUUUACAUCCUCCAUAUGGCCUGUAUGGUUAUAACUUCUCUGUGCCAUCCAGACUGAUGAAUGCAGGAGGCCAUUUCAAAGGCAGUGACAGCGUCCCGGCCGCUCUGAGCGAGGGCAGAUGUCACCACUCCAGCUGGCACCCCACAGUUAACCACUGCCUUUAGUGGAAUCACAGAAUAUUCCUAAGCAUUGAUAUGUAAAGCAAGUCCUUCCUUCCCUUCAUACCCACAAACUUGUUAGUUAUUGACUCUGAAACACUCCGUGGUACAGGAGAGGGAUGUCCAGGCUUUUAACCCUUUCUUUUGUGGGCAGAUGUGUCGUGGUGUUGGGAGGGUAGAGGAUUCAGAAGGGUGCAAGAUCUUGGAGCAUGGACAGUCUGAGAUGACCCACAGCCAAGUGAUCCCUUUUGAUCCUGUUUAUGUCACGGUUGUAGGUUGAAAGCAAACUGUACAGUCACCUUUUUGAUAAUUGCACUCUCAAGUGGGACUGGAGGCAUCUGUAUUUCUACAAAUAUGUUUUCUCUCUCUCGCUUGCCUUUAAUCAGCUCAGA